CAUCGGGCCCCCAGGCGGGGCGACAGGCAUCGGGCCCCCAGGCGGGGCAACAGGCAUCGGGCCCCCAGGCGGGGUAACAGGCAUCGGGGCCCCCAGGCGGAGCGGCGGGCGCCGGACCCCCAGGAGGAGCGACAGGUCUCGGGCCCUCAGGCGGAGCGGCGGCGGGCGCCGGACCCCCAGAUGGAGCGACAGGUCUCGGGCCCUCAGGUGGAGCGGCGGGCGCCGGACCCCCAGGUGGAGCGACAGGUCUCGGGCCCUCAGGCGGAGCGGCGGGAGCCGGACCCCCAGAUGGAGCGACAGGUCUCGGGCCCUCAGGCGGAGCGGCGGGAGCCGGACCCCCAGGUGGAGCGACAGGUCUCGGGCCCUCAGGCGGAGCGGCGGGUGCCGGACCCCCAGGUGGAGCGACAGGUCUCGGGCCCUCAGGCGGAGCGGCGGGAGCCGGACCCCCAGGUGGAGCGACAGGUCUCGGGCCCUCAGGCGGAGCGGCGGGCGCCGGACCCC